GGCGCGAGCGGCGCCGUGCGCGGGCGGGCGCGAGGGGAGCGGGAGAGGCUGAGCCUGAGCCCCGGAGCCGCCGGGAACCUGCUCGGGUCCGGCGGGGCUCCGGCAUUCCCGGCCCAGGGCGCGCCGCCUCCCAUGCGCCGGAGGCCGCGCAGGGUCUCAGCCCUCUCGCCCCCCCUCCCUCCCUCCCACCGAGAGCGCCUCGUCGCGGGGCGCCCGGCCGGGACGCCGGGCACGGAGCGGUGAGGAGAGGCCGGGCGGGGAGCCCCGCGCCAGGAUUUGUGUGUGAUCAGCAUUGUGCUGUACCACAGUGAAGAGGUAUUUUUCACUUCAAGAUACCUUGCAUUAAAGGAUCAUGGUAGACAGUUUAAUAGUUUCUUUGAGACUUCUCAGUUCCCUUGCAGUGUUGGGAUUUCAGUUUGUCAUCCCACAGCCUUCAAUUGAACACAGAAAGGUUCCGCAGAGGAUAGAAGAGCAAGGAGAUGCGUCUGAGGACAGCAGUGCAGGAAUCCCAGGCGUGUGGGGCAACUGGGGCCCCUGGUCCGCCUGCUCCCGGAGCUGCAGCGGAGGUGUGAUGGAGCAGACCCGGCCCUGCCUCCCCGCCUAUUACCGGGAGCGGGAGCGGGAUCGGGGGUACCGGCGCCCGGGGCGGCAGUUCCCGGCCUCGGACAGGACUCACCACAGCUCCCACCACGAGGACUCGCUCUCUGCCUAUCCCGGCCACGUCAUUUCUGCCAUCCGCACAUCCGUGCCGCUCCACAGGAACGAGGAGCAGCUUUGGGCUGGACUUCGUGCCCCUGCCGGGGGCCGGAACAGCAGCCACGGGGGCAGGGGCACACCGAGGGGCAGCCGGCACUCCCAGAGCCAGCAGCACUCCCAGAGCCAGCAGCAUUCCCAGAACCAGCACCAGCAACACUCCCAGAACCAGCAGCACUCCCAGACCCAGCGGCACAGCGCCCAGGCGGAAAAGAGGAGCAGAAACAGAAAUCCUAUUGGCCCAGGAAAGUAUGGAUAUGGAAAAGUGCCAUACAUUUUACCUUUACAAACUGACACUGGUCAGCAGCCUCAGAAACUCCGGAGGCAGCGCCAGUCCUCGAGGAGCCACGUGUUCCACCCGAGCCCGAGCCUCCUGAGCCCCUACAGCCAAGCAGCUGGGCCUCCAGUCCAACAUGGGAACCUUUAUCAAGAAGCAAGUGGGCCUCAGGCAGGACAUCAGGUCCUGGGACCCUCAGUUUAUCAGUCACCAUCCUUUCCUGCCUCUCCAAGUCUGUUCCAGAGCAGUGACCCUGUGCCAGCCCAGGCCCUGCAGGGGCAGCCCCAGCCCCAGAGGGCCACGGCCAUCGUGUGCGUGGGCACCUACAAGCAAUACAAACUCUGCAACACCAUUAUGUGUCCUGAAAGCAGCAGAAAUAUUAGAGAGGUGCAAUGUGCAUCAUACAAUAACAAGCCAUUUAUGGGUCGAUUUUAUGAAUGGGAACCUUUUGCAGAAGUGAAGGGAAGCCAGAAGUGUGAGCUGAACUGCCGGGCCAUCGGGUACCGCUUCUACGUGCGGCAGGCGGAGACGGUGAUCGACGGCACCCCCUGCGACCAGAACGGCAGCGCCAUCUGCGUGGCGGGGCAGUGCAAGAGCAUUGGCUGUGACGACUAUCUGGGUUCUGACAAGGUGAUUGACAAGUGUGGAAUAUGUGGAGGGGACAACACUGCUUGCAAGGUGGUGUCUGGAGUUUUCAAACACACGCUAACAAAUCUUGGCUACCACAAGAUAGUGGAAAUUCCUGAAGGAGCUACUAAAAUCAACAUUACUGAGAUGUCAAAGAGCAACAACUAUUUGGCCCUGCGGAGCCGCUCGGGACGGUCCAUCAUCAACGGGAACUGGGCGAUCGAUCGGCCCGGGAGAUACGAAGGUGGUGGGACAAUGUUCACCUACAGGCGCCCCAACGAGAUCUCCAGCACUGCAGGGGAGUCGUUUCUAGCAGAUGGCCCAACAAAUGAAGUCCUUGAUGUCUAUAUGAUACAUCAGCAGCCUAACCCAGGUAUCCAUUAUGAGUAUAUCAUUCCAGGAGACAAUGUCAUUAGUCCUCAGCUGCUUGCUCACAGGAGGCCAGGGGAGCCGUUGAAUGGUCAGCUGGGAAUGCCAGAAGGUACAAGUCAUGAGGAUGAGGAUUUGCACAGAGAGACAGACAUUCUCACUGGACAGUCAGCUGGAACUUUUCCAGUUAUUCAGCCAGGAAGAUUUCCUUCUCAUCAGCCAGAAAACCAGGUGCCUGCUAUGCAACAGCCAAGGCAAAACCGAGAACACAACUGGAAACAGGUUGGAAAAACUGAGUGCACCACUACCUGUGGGAAAGGAUCACAGUACCCAAUUUUCCACUGUGUCAACAGAAUCACUCACGAGGAGGUCCCCGAGGGUUACUGUGACAGCAGUACCAAACCCAUCCCAGAAGAGGAGGCCUGCAACCUCUUCCCAUGUCCAGCUUUCUGGGACAUAGGGGAGUGGUCUGAGUGCAGCAAAACCUGUGGCCUGGGGAUGCAGCACCGCCAGAUCUUGUGCCGGCAGAUCUACGCCAACCGCACCCUGACGGUGCAGCAGUACCGGUGCCACCACCUGGAGAAGCCUGAGACCACCAGCACCUGCCAGCUGAAGAUCUGCAGUGAGUGGCAGAUCAGGACAGAGUGGACCUCAUGUUCAGUGCCUUGUGGAGUGGGGCAGAGGACCCGGGAUGUGAAGUGUGUCAGCAACCUCGGGGACGUUGUUGAUGACGAGGAGUGUAACAUGAAGCUGCGGCCAAAUGACAUUGAGAACUGUGACAUGGGCCCCUGUGCCAAGAGCUGGUUCCUCACAGACUGGAGUGACAGGUGCUCGGCAGAGUGCGGGGCCGGGAUCCGCACACGCUCCGUGCUCUGCAUGACCAACCACGUCAGCAGUUUGCCUCUGGAGGGCUGCGGCAACAACAGACCCUCGGAAACGACCCCCUGCAACAAUGGACCCUGUGCUGGUAAAGUGGAGUGGUUUGCUGGGGGCUGGACACAGUGCUCUUCUGAAUGUGGCAGUGGAACUCAACAGAGAGAAGUCAUUUGUGUUAGGAAAACUGAAGGUAAUUUUGAUGUUUUGGACCCCUAUGAAUGUUCAUAUUUGGAAAAACCUCCCAUCCAGCAAUCCUGCUACCUCAAACCGUGUGGAUCUAAGUGGUUUCAUACAGAAUGGAGCACAUGUUCCAAGUCCUGUGAAGGAGGAUUUCGGGUGCGGGAGGUGCGGUGUCUGUCCGAUGACAUGGCAGCCAGUUCUCAGUGUGACCCACAGCUGAAACCCGAAGAGAAAGAGCCCUGCAACACACAGGAUUGUGUCCCUGAAAUAGAUGAGAACUGCAAAGAUAAAUACUACAACUGCAAUGUGGUGGUUCAGGCCAGGCUCUGUGUCUACACCUACUACAAGACAGCCUGCUGUGCAUCCUGUACCCGGGUGGCAAACAGACAGUCGGGGUUCCUGGGCCGCAGAUAACAAACACUCUGCUCGAAGCAGCCGUGUGGGGCUGCACGUGGAGCCUGAACAGUGUUACUGCUUUGACUGCAGCAGUCUUAGCUUCUUAGAGAGGGGGGGUUGUAUUGCUGAGGGCAUCGAGACUAUGGUUAAAUCUCACACCCUUUCAGUUAUUGUGCAGUUAUCUCUUUUGUUUGUUGUAAAACCGUGAUCUUUUUCAAGCAUUAGUUGCUAAUGAUACUGUUAUUUGCACCUGCUCAUCAGAUAAUUAUUUAAGGAACAUACCAGCCUUAAUAUUGUGAAAUGAAUGAAAACUGAAUCAAUUGCAGCAAUUACUGGAGAUAGUUGAUCAGUAGGGAUGCAGCUGCUGCAUUAUUUUCUGAGUGCUUACUUUUACUUGGUAUUUUGGACUGCCUUAAAUUAGAUGACUAAAUCAAUGAAACAUGCACAUGAGAAAAAUUAUUUCCCAAAGAACCAGACCCUUGAAGACCCAUUUGUCAGCAGUUUCUUAGCACUCUACAUUAUGUUUUUAAUUACUUCAGUCCAUUCAUAAUUAGAGUCACUGUUAAGCUCUCUCAGUUGUACUUUUAACUAAUGUCCUGUCCUCAGGCAGUAAAUAUAUACAGACUUGACUGCCAAAAAGUGCCUUUAUAUUUAAUUCAUAAACUCUUGAAGAUACACUUUUCUAAGUUUGUAUGGAUUUUAAAAUAAUUACCUACCAGAGUGACACUAAUGUCUAGCCCUUCAAGUCUUUAACAGCUCCAUCUGUCAGUGAGACACACUCAGCAGAGAGGUGAAGAGCCUUUGCUGAUGGAAUAAGUGAUUGUUUCCCUGGGCGAGGUCUCUUUCCUGUAGGACAGUUACUUCAGUGAACUGGGAUCUUGCCUGAUCCUUUGUCUCUGCACUAUUGCUUAACAACUACCAUACCAAAGUACUUUGUCCAGACCUAGUCUGGAUGUGUCACCAGUUUCUGAAACCACCACCAAAGGAUGCAGGCCUGUGUGCUUUGUAGUCGUGCGUUACUCGUGGUGUCAGGCAGCAGUGUGAGUGUGGUACCUGAGUAUCUGUCAAGAGAUCUUGGCUAUUGACAUUCUUCAGGUUUUGAUCGGUUGUUACAACAUAUUUACCUUUUUUCACUUAAUGCUUCAUCACACAGAUCUAUUUAUACCACUCCUUUUCUGUUACUCAAGAAUGGCUGCAGACUAAGAGCUGAAUUUAAGUGGUGAUUUUUCAUUUCUGCAAUUACUGUACUCAGCCUUGGGACUUGCUAAAAGCAAAUAGGGUGUGCUGUGCAGGGCAGAGCAGUUUUUGCAUUAUCUGCAUGUUCUCUAGCCUUUGCUUGAGAGGUCUUUCAAAUGUGUAAAUAAGGCUGAAGGAAAAAAAUGAACACCACUGCUUAUUCAGCUGUUUAUUACAGCAUAUUUUUUGUAAAUUAGUGAUGCUCAACUAUGCAUCUCUUUCUAAGGUGCCUGACGUCUGAGUUGAAAAACAGCUGUGACAAUCAUGUUCAGUCACUCCCAGAGAUGUGAUAUAACAGUGGUUAAGGUGUCCUGCUGCUGAUGCAGACCCAUGUUUGAGCCUCACUGGGUGUUCUUUUCUUCUUACUGCUUUGGUGGAGAGGACGUGGAAAGGGAAUGGAGCUCUGGGAGGCAAAGGUUGCUGGGUGUGGUCAUGUCAGGGUUUGUGCUGGAAGCCACAGGAAGGUGGAAUUCCUGUAGUCUAAAAGCUGCCUUGAAUUGAGACAAACCUUUGAAUUUUUUGAUUCAGUCACUUGUGGAAAAUAUAUUUUAGACAUGAUGAACUACCACUGUUUGGCUAAAGGAAAUUAAAGGAAAAAGUGUUUCCCCUAGAAUUUGAAGUUAGUCUUUGUGACUAUAAACCAAUCAUGUCCUUGGCUGUUUCUGUACACCUCAGCUUGGGCUUUUUUACUGUAAAUAAUUUAUAUAAAAUUGUUAGAAACAGAAAUGCUAAUUAGAAAACUUCUGAGUUCAUGAAUCUUUUACAGUCCUGUUCCCUUGUAUUAUGAAGAUUUAUCCAUGAAGAUAAGUUAUAGAUUUGUGAUGAUAUUAUAUUCCUUAGAUUCUCGACCAAAGAAUGUUAUGGAGACAGUGCAGUGUAAACAACUCUGGAAUGCAGUAUUUCUAAAUACAGAUUUUCAUCUGUGUAUCUCAUUGCAGCAAAUUUUGACAUACAUUGUAUAAUUUUUGUUGUUAUCUCUUUUGUCCCAAGGAAGUGUAUCCUGUCAGCUUGAGGGAAAUACCUGUUCCAUAAAAAGGCUUCCUGAAAACCCCAAGGCAGAGGAGAUGCAGAGAGCUAAUCAGGUUUGCAGUCAGUCCAUGGAAAAUUAUCUUACACAUGCUUCUGGCUGUCUGUGACUCAGCACACAGACAUGAGAUCCUCCUAUUUUAUAAGAUAUGUUAUUUUGCGCUGGCCGUGAGGUUAUUUGACAAAGAUGAUCAUCUUGUAGGCUCUGUUAAGCUGCCACUAAAGUAAACAGAGUUCUUGGCAGCUAAAUAUCAAAGAAUAUAUACUUACACAUAGCAGUGUAGCCCUGUAACACACCUAAUAUGUAUGGCUUCGUGAAUUAAAUGCAGUGAGCUAUGAUUAUACAAAUUGUACAUUUUUUGUUUUUUUAAGUAAAGAGAGUGUUUUCAGAUGUAUCAGAUAUAACAAAAAAUACCAUUUCACCUAAUUAAACAUCUAAUGGUAAGAAAACUGCCAGAAUGCUGCUGAACUUAAUCAUUUAUCAUCUCAUGUGUCAGCAUUAUCAAAAUAGUUGUUCCUGCAAAAUGAACUAAUAAGCCCUUUUUAUCAGCACUUUGAUGUACUAAUAUUGGCUGCACAGAGUAAGUGCUGGGCUAAGAUUCCACCAUCUUGCAAAGCACACUUUGGAAUUGUGCCUGUAGCAAGUGUUUGUUUUAAUGGAGCAGUGCCAUUAGGCACUUAGGGUGAUGCCUGCAGAAGGACCUGAUUUUACUUUUGCUCUAAGUCAAAGGUGGCUUUAAUGAAUGUAGUAGACUUAGAGCAGAUAUAAACCCAAUAGAAGUAAGAAAUAAUGCAGACUUCUGAUUUUAAAUGCUUCAGUUUCUUUUUCUGACAUUUUAACAUCAGUCAAAAUCUUGCAGAAUGGUGUAAAAAAAUAUGCUUCCUUGCCUUGAAGCUUUUCACCUUACACAAUGAAGUGAGUUAGAUGGCUUAUUUAAAGAGUCUAAGCAGUCCAGCUGCUUACAGCUUUCAUGGUUUACAGAUGUGCAGCUGGCCAAAAUCAGCCCCAUCCAGAGCAGGCUGUGUGUCUCCAAGCACUUUCCCUUUGGAACUGAGGGUUCCUGGUGCAGUUGUUUGUCAGGUUAUCCAGGGCCCAUCAGGGUUUGCCAGCUCCUGUGCAAUGUCACCUUCAAGCAUAUGUAGGUAGAAUUCCUUGUGUACUGCAGUUACAUGCCAAGUUUGAGAGCACUGAAUUCAUGGAGUUCUCCCCUCCUCUCCCAGAAGAUGGUGUGGAAGCAUGAGGGUUGCUCCUGUGGGAAUGGCCAGCAAUGAGACAGAGUUAGUGUUUGCUUUGAUGACUCUGACCUUCGGUCCCCAGGGCUCUGAAUCAGGGAAGGGCUUGUUGGGAGGCAGUGAAGGGCUGGGGAGUGCAGUGCAGGAGACAUGGGGGAUCCUGCAGGCCUGCCAGUCUUGAAGGCCAACUGUAAUGUAUGGCCAUGGGCUUGAUGCAGGGCUGCUUCAGCAUCCCUGCACAGGGAACUGGCUUCUUUUUCAUUACACUCAUAAUCUUUUUCCUUUUUUUUCCCCAGUAUUUCAGCAAAAGGAGGACUUUCUGUAUGAAUUAAGCAGUGUUUACCAUUAAUGUUAUUGGUUAGAUCCCGGUUUUAUGGCAAUAUGGUGCAGUUAUAUAUCAGUCAUAUAUAUAUAUGUGUGUCAUUAUAGCCCAGACUCAAAGGAGUACAUUAAACUACUUGAACAGAAGACCACAUGGGGCAGCAGCUUUUCGAGGACCUUGCUACUUCCUUUGCUUGUGUCUGAGUCCUAGAGAGUGCCAGUCACCACUGAGGGAGGAAGAAGGUAGGGGCUCAAACAUCUUAUGGCUGGUAUAGGAGAGGUUAUGCCUUCCUGAAGGAAACACUUUGUUUUCUCUCUUUAUAAUCUAUACAACUGUAAGUAGUAAAAUAUACUUUAAAGAGCUUUGCUUUUCCCCAUUCUCAUCCUGACCUGUCUCCCUUUUACACCCAGACCCCCAACUCUUCUCCUCUUCCUCUCAUCUCACUUUCAUCCCUUUGUCCUCUGGGUUACAGUAUUAAAUUUUGCCAGAAUUACUGAAAGCCCUGAACUGGCCUUGUGGUUUGUAAGAAUCAGUGUUAGAAAUUAGCCCAGCUGUUAAGAGAGCUAUAUUCCUGGCAGCCCAGGGAUUCUUGUGUCUGUGUGUAUCCAUGUUGGCUAGUUUUUAAUGCACAGUAGUAAAGUACAUACUGAAUUAACCCCCGUGCAAUGAACCUGUGACUGCACAGCUAUUGAAGUAUGCAGUGGCCAUUUAUUCUCAUAAGUAACAUUUAUCACAUAAAAGAAAGGAUUAUCCUUGUCACAAAGGAAAAGCUGUGUGUUUACUUGGUUUUCUUGAGACUUAGUGGUUUUGACUUCUUCAGAGCUGUUCUGUGUGUUGGGCAGAUAAUUUAUGUGCACGCCUGUAACUUGAACACAAAACAUGACAUUUUGAACAUGAAUAUAAACUUCCUUAUGUCUAAACUUACAGAAUGUUUGGGGGAGAUAAAUUAGGCAUUGCUUAGAAAAUGGAGUAAAAUAAUUAUUUCCACACCAGAAAUGAAAAAUCAUCCACUAAGCAUCUUCAAUAUAUUUUAAAUUAAACUUCUGAUCAUUAUAAUAUCUCAGUAGCAUGGGCAAAAUUCAGACCUGGUGAAAGGGAGAAAAUUCCAUGUAAGAGAACUCACAGCAGACCUGAACUCAACUCUUUGCUUCUCAGCUUUAAACAGCCAGAAGUUCUUAAGAAUGAGAGCUCCCAAUUUUCUAUAUCCCCAUGUACUAUAAGGGGAUACAGAUAACUACCACCAUCCCUGCAGAGGAGGGAAGCUUAAUUGUGAUAAAUCAUUGACCUUCCAGCAACAGUCAUUGCUGCUUGCCCUGACCUGUUUUUCUAUGCUCCCUUUGAGUCUCUUGAGUCCAGUGGCCUUGGCAGGGGUUGGGUACAUACAAGUUGUGAAGUCCCAUAGUAGUCACUCAGGAUCUACAUAGAAGAUCAGGAAGGACGGGAGACAAAAGAAACCCUAACUUUUUUUUAUAUGUAUAAAAUUGUCUACUUGACCCUCAUAAUUGAUUUUGGGCAGAAGGAUAUACUUUAUUAUAACUUAUUUUGUUGUUAUUUGUAAAUACAAGAUGUCUAUGGGAAAUAUGUAAUUCUGAGCUGUGUCUAUGGAACAAGCCACUGCGCCAAAAUAUUUCAAAUAUUUAGAAUAGGCAGAUUUUUUUAUUAAAAGGGACCUAAUAUGUAUUUAUUUACAUAUACCAUUCAAAUUUUGUCCAGCUUUUUCAUUAUACUAACCCAGCUUUUUAGGGAAUUUUAUAGCACAGGUAUUACAUAUAUAUUUUUUGUAUAUAUGUCAUACUGUAAAUCCAUAAUACAAUUUUCUAAACUUUCUGAUUAGCCAGUUCCUUGAGUGAAUUAAAGGGGAGAGUAUAGGCAAAUUGCUUUCUGACUCGUUCAGGAAUAUGUAUCUGUGGCAAUGUACCUGAACCAGAACUGUACAGUAUCCUUUUCAUAUUGUAUACUUUUUCUCUUUGAUGAAAAAAUGUUAACUAUUUUUGUUUAUGACUAAUUUAUUUUUUAUUAUUGUGAAAAAUAAAGUAACUCAAGAUGAA